AUGUCGUCACAGACUAGAGGCGUUCAUGUGCGUGGAAAUCGCGUCUCGUACGGCCAUUUUUCAGUGGAGAAGUUCCAUCGUCUUCAAGUAUCAGUUGGUUCAUCGCGUGUAGUGAGCAGUUACAGAGACUGCGCUCUGAACUGUGUUAACACUCCGCCAUGCUCUUCGUUUAAUGUGGCCUCGUCUCCUCGUUCAGACGGAAAAUACCGAUGUGAGUUGUUAGACGAAGACAAGUACUCAGCAAACCCAGCCCAGCUGGUCAGCUCACAGGAAUACCAUUAUUACAGCAUCAAGACACCAUGCUCAAGGUUACCUUGUCAAAACGGUGCAAAGUGCGUUCCCAAUUAUAGUGAAAAUGAAUACCAAUGUGAUUGUGUUCCUGGCUACACAGGAAGACACUGUGAAACAGAUAUCAAUGAAUGCUUGAGUAAUCUCUGUUUAAACGGAGGGACGUGUGUUGACCAGGUAAAUGCAUAUGUCUGUAACUGCAAACCUGGAUACGCCGGAGUGAACUGUCAAACUGGUAAGUACUUUAUCUAUUUCCAAAUGUAUGUUCAGUAUACCGCUUGGUACAGCUGGUCUUCCAGUUUUUGAGCGAUGGUUACUUUUUAGCGCAGCUCCAGUGGCCCGAAGAGUCACCAUGCGGAGCACC